AACGCGGCCGCCAUGCGAGUGUUGAACGACCAGUACGCCGUCAUGCAGACACUCGGGAGCGGCCUCCAGGGGAAGGUAAAGCUCGGUGUGGACUUGAAGACGAAUGAACACGUGGCCCUGAAACUGAUCAAAUCGUCGAAGCUCACGCAGAAGGCGAUCCUGAACUUGUACCGUGAAAUUCAAGCGAUGAAGCUUGUCCAGCACCCAAACGUGAUGCGCCUCCUUGCCGUGGCCAAAGACGUUGAAUACCCCAAGAAGAAGGGCGGAUCAGAAAAAGUCGUGCUUGUCGUCCUCGAACUCGCCACGGGUGGUGAACUGUUUGACUUUAUGAUGUUUACAGGACACUUCUCGGAAGAGAUUGCGCGCACGUACUUUCGGCAGUUGGUGAGUGGACUCCACGCGUGCCACGUGCAGGGAGUGUACCACCGUGACAUCAAGCCGGAAAACUUGUUGCUCGAUAAGGACUUUCAGCUCCGCAUUGCCGACUUUGGGCUGUCUGCGAUCUCGGAAGAUUUGUCCGUGGCCGACGAUUUGACUACGCAGUGCGGGACCCGUGCCUACAUGAGUCCAGAGAUUAUUGCCGGCACACCGUAUGAAGGAUCCCCCGCCGAUGUGUGGAGCGCCGGUGUCGUGCUGUUCAUCCUGCUUGCUGGGUUUCCGCCGUUCCAAAUUGCAACGCGCCAAGACUGGUGGUUCCGUGCGUGUGCUAUGCAGCAAUACCAAGCGUUCUGGGCCGCCCAUUCCCGAACGGCUGUGUUUUCCCCCAUGGCGAUGGACCUGCUCACACGCAUCUUUGACGUGAACCCGGCAACGCGCAUCACUUUGCAAGAGAUCUGGCAACAUCCGUGGAUGCAUGAGCCUGUGCUGUCGGACGCCGCAAUGACCAAGGAGCUAAUGGCCCGAAAGGAAAAGGUCACUCAAGAAAAGGUGCGAGCUCAGAAAGCCAAGGAAGCAAAAGCAGCGGCGUCGGCCCAAACGACAUUCAACCCGUUCGACCGAAACACGCAUCGCUCCAUCAGCAUGCCCCCGUCCGCUUCGUCCCUCCAUUCCGCUGACAUGUUCCUCCCCACGAUUCAAUCCUGCGGCAUCCCAGCCUACACAACCCUUCGAUGCUUUGCGUCCUCGGCCGCCGACUUACUGCAGCGCCUGCACGCAUCGUUCGACACGGCCGGGCUGAAGUACGUGUGGACCGACUCGCUCGCGACGCCAUCUGAAAACGUCAAAGCUAAAGCUCAAAUCUCGACCUCGUCCGGACGGGUGGAUGUGAUGCUCCGACUCCACCCUGUGGAAUAUGCCGACGGGCUGUUCCUCGUCGAAGUGCGCCGACGAGGCGGCGACUUGUUUGCGUUCCGCCAUGUCUUCGACUUGGUCAGUGCAGAUCUGCAAGACAUCUUGGCCGAUGACGCGGCACCACCUGCAAAGGUGGCGCUGCCUCCUGCGGCGGCCGGUGACGACGACGAGGUCGAAGAGCUUAUUUCGGACGAAGCGUUGAUGAUAUAGAUGCCCUAUGUUUUUGUGCUAUUCUUUGAGUGUGCCGACUGACGUACCCAUCUGACGUCACAUGCUGCCCUCGCCUGACAAUGUCGACUCUACGUCGUGCGCUCAGCAGGUCGGCGUGGUGGAC